AUGGACAAUGCUCAUGUGCCGACGCAGGAACAAAUAAACAACCCGGAAGGUCUUCAGACAGGGCCGAAGUCUCCCAGCGCGGACGGUAACGAACCUGAGCACACGAACCCAAACUCGUCAGAAGUCCAACUCCCAGAUUUACUCCAUUCGGAUUUGAGCUCCAAUCGCGGUGAAAAGGAAAUCUACAAAGACGGCAGCGUAGAUGUAGAACAGGCAGAUAUCAUUCGAUAUCUUCGACUUGUGAUUGAAGAAAACCAGCUUCUUCAUCAAGCCGCCCAAGCAAUCGAGCCUGGCGUGCCCGCUCAUGAAGUUAAUGAAAUAGCCAUGAAAAUCCGGGCCGAGCUACAACUAGGACAAGAUAAUUCACCCUACGCUGAGGUAAAGAUACAUUGGCCAACGAACAAGUUUCAAAUUUUUAGGAAAACAUUUAGCAAAGUCUUGAUUUCUGUUGACAGGUCCGCGCUUGCGUUGACGCCUGCGAUGACCCCACAACACCCGAUGUGGACACUUGGAUUGAUAUUGGUCAUUCUAGGAACUGGUCUCAAUCAGUUCUUCGCGCCCAGACUACCAGGAAUAUAUCUGUCUGUCACCUUUGCGCAGAUGGUUGCUUUCCCUCUAGGAUGCUUGAUGGCUAGAAUCCUGCCAACCCGAGUCUUUGGUUUUGGAAAAUAUUCCUUCACUUUGAAUCCUGGCCCCUUCAACAAAAACCGCGUCUUUUACUUUCAGAUGGCCAAUGCCUCUUGGGGAGGAGCAUACGCAUCGGAUAUGAUUGCGGUACUCAGGGUCAAGGAGUUCUACAACAAUGAUGCUUUGGCUGGAACCUUUGGAUUUCAGCUGACUUUGAUUCUCAGUACACAACUGAUGGGCUAUUCAAUCGCCGGAUUAACCAGAAGUGUACCCGCGAGAGAUGGUGAGCUACCCAUUGUCUAUCAUGGCGUCCUUGAAGAUCUGUUUCUGAACCCAUUCUUUGUGAUCAAGGUUUGGUGGGAUAUGCUUUUGGAAAUCACAGUUUUGCGUGCCUUGCAUGCUAAAGAUGAUAAUCUACCUGUCCACGGUUGGAAAAUCUCGCGAAUGAAUUUUUUCUUCGCAUAUCAUAUAUGGGAUUUUCUAUCCUACUUCAAUUGGACUACAUGGAUCGCCCCCAACAAUGUUAAGCUCGCCAUCAUCACAGGGACUGUCAGCGGUUUGGGUCUUAAUCCGUUCCCAACUCUGGACUGGAAUUUCAUGUACACCGAUCCAAUAGUCACUCCUCUGUGGUCCAUUUUGAAUUCCUAUGGUGGCAUGUUGAUUGGCUUUGUGAUCAUCUGUGUUAUAUACUUCAAAAACAUGAUGUUCACGGCGUACUUGCCUGUUAACAGUAACGCAGCUGAAAUAACUUUUAUAUCUAUCUUUACAACUCCAUCAGGUGUUUUCGAUCGAAUGGGAAAACGCUACAAUGCAAGCCGAGUUCUUAAUGAACAUGGUGUUCUGGACGAGGCUCAGUAUCAAGCCUAUUCUCCACCAUUCAUGUCUGCAUCUCACUCCGUCCUCUACUUUGGCUUCAUGGCUCUCUACUCUAGCACAUUAGUGCACGCGGCUCUUCACUAUCGUAAAUAUUUCAUGAGAGGAUACUACUACUUUGUCUCCUCGUGGAAAGCCAGUCGACUUUUCAAGAAAUUUCGUCCAACGGAAAGCCCUACGCAAAAAUCGGAAAAAGAAAGACUGAUGGAAAACACUCAGGAUGACAUUCACUAUAGACUCAUGAAGGCUUAUCCAGAAGUUCCCGAAUGGUGGUUCAUGCUUAUUGGCGUGAUUGCGGUCACGCUCGCAGUCUUGAUGAUUGAAUAUUACAAAACGGAUAUGCCGAUCUGGGGAAUUGUAUUUGCCUACGCGAUAGCUUUACUACUUAUUAUUCCUAGCGGCAUCAUGGAAGCGGUGGCCUCUACUUCUGCUCCUCUUAACGUCAGAAUCCCAGUCUUAUCCGAACUUAUUGGGGGUUAUGCUCUGGCUGGACGACCCAUCGCAAACAUGCUUUUCAAGUCAUAUGGAUUUGUCACCAUGUCGCAAGCUCUUAGCUAUGCUUCAGACAUGAAACUUGCUCAUUAUGUCAAAAUCCCACCAAAGGCCCUCUUCGCAGGCCAAACUGCUGCCACUGUGUUGUCUGCUUUCGUUUCCAUGGCUGUACUCGACUGGCAAAUUGCACAGUUUCCCGAUCUCUGUUCACCAACGCAGCGACUCCAUUUCACAUGUCCAACUUACGGAAGCUACUUUACAGCAUCUGUUCUUUGGGGUUUAGUUGCUCCAGCUAGAAUGUUCUCCAACUCAGGAGCAUUAUACAAAUUCUGUAUGUAUGGAUUCUUGAUCGGAGCCAUUGCUCCUUUUAUCCCUUGGGCUUUAUCUAAAAAAUACCCUCGUGCUGGAUGGAAAUUUGUACAUACACCUGUCAUCAUUUCUGGACUUUUAGCUUAUGCUCCUUUAAGUAUUGCAUAUUACACUCCUGCUAUUCCACUAGCUAUUUUCUUCCAACACUUUGUAAAACGACGUUACACAGCUUGGUAUGAAAAAUACGCUCUUACACUUACAGCAGGAAUAGGUGGAGGGAUUGCAAUCUUUGGUUUGAUUUACUUUUUUGCAUUUCAAAUGAAUGGGAAAGAUUAUGAUUGGCCAAAAUACCUACUGAUCCGAUUUCUCAAUCCACAGGUAGGGAAUACGAUCUAUUCAGCGGGUUGUGAUGGUCAAGAAUGUACUUUGAAAGAGGUACCACAAGACGGGUUUGGACCGACUACUUGGAGUUAA